UUGAAGCUUAUAGCAACUGUUCGUAGAAACGCGGCUUAAUGUCGUUUGCGAGUUUGACAUUGCUUGUUGACAUUCGAUGUACGACAGCACAAAAUUGUUGAUGGUAAACAAAUUAUAUUGCUGCGUGCGAUGGCGAACAAUGUUUGUGAAAUUAAUAGCAUUUGUCGGCUUUGUUUGUGCGACGAUAAUGAAGUUUUAUUCCCUAUGUCCUGCAUAAUCGAUUCCUCGCUAACUGAGGACGAUAUAGAACGAUUUACCGGCAUUCAGUUGUUUGAGGAAGAAAAUAUAUCACACACCAUUUGCGUCGAUUGUGCCAAUAAGCUUAAAAAGUGCGCCUUGUUUCGCACAUUAUGCUUAAGCAGUGAUAUAGAAUUUAAGCGGCUGUUUGCGGCGUGUAAUGAUAGCAAUGAAAAGGAAUGUAUUACCACAGCAGACGAUGCUGCAAAUGUGGAAGCGUCGGUCGAACAGUUUGAAUCUACAAUAGAAUUUGAGAUAGUAGAUAUAAAAAACAUUGACAAAAUUGAAGAAUCCUCCGUCGAUGAAGAUGACAAAGAAUCCAAUGUGGAGUUUGCACUGGCAGAUCGGCCGGAUGAUGAAUGCAACACUAGCGGUAACGAUUGGUCUGAUGGAUACGAGGGCAAAUGUGAGCAGCUUAUCGAUGAGACCAAUGGAGAAGAUAAAAGAUGCACCAAUCUAAACAUUGGGGAAGAAUAUGAAGAGAUCAGUUCACGCAAUCAGCCAAACAGAAAAACCCGUGUAAAUGGAACAACCGCCAGUCCGAGGACAAUUCGUAAAUAUCGCCGUUGCGACACCUGCGGGAAGAUGGUGUCGGAUCUAAAAAGUCACAUGCUGAGGCAUACGAAGGAAAAGAAAUUCGCUUGCCCUUACUGUCCUCACAAAAUGGGCAUACGAUCCAAUUUAAACAUACACAUCAAGGCUGUUCAUCUAAAGGAAAUUUGCAAAACGUGUGAAACAUGUGGAGUAGGAUUCGUAAAUUAUAACUCCUACAAGAAUCAUAUGGCAUCUCAGCAUAGCACGGGCGAAUAUGAAUGUGAAACAUGUUCGAAGAAGUUUUCACACGUAAGAACUUACAACAUCCAUAUACGGCGCUACCAUAAAACGGAUCGAAUAAAAAAGAAACCGAAGCAACUCUGUGGCACUUGUGGCGCCAUGGUCACCAAUAUCGCUUCGCACAUGCAAAUUCAUACACAGGAAAAGAAGCAUCCCUGUCCCCACUGUCCGAUCGAAAUGGUAGAUCGUACUAAUUUGAUCCGCCACAUACAUUCGGUGCACCUGCAGAAGGAGGUGAAAUCGUGCGAUAUAUGCAACAUAGGGUUCAAGUAUCCUAGCUCUCACAGGUCGCACAUGCUCCGAGUCCAUGGUAUUGGUAACACAUUCGAUUGCAAUGAAUGUUCGAAAAAGUUCAAUCAUCGUAGCGGAUUACGAAGCCACAAGGCACGUGUGCACAGUAACGAAAGAAAAUAUGAAUGUGAUGCCUGUGGUAAACUGUUCAAGGUGAAGUCGAGCUUGAUAAAGCACCAGCUGGUACACUCAACCGAACAGCCUUAUGCGUGCAAUCAGUGUCCAAAACGAUUUAAGAGCAGACAUGGUCGAAAUUCACAUCAGCUGACCCACAGCGGUAUUGUUUUCACUUGUCCGCACUGUGAAAAAACCUAUCGGUACAAAGAUGUGCUUGGUAUUCACAUCCGACAGAACCAUCCGGAAGCGAAGACGGAACCUGUAGCACCCCAAUGAGGCCUAACUUCAAUGAGGAUUUGGUACAUGUUAACAGUACGUUUGUACUGCUGUGAUCCUAUUGUCUCACUAUCUAAGUACCCUAGUAUACAGUAUAUGACUAUUAUGCUAAUAUAAUAUCAAGUAUGAUCAAGACGAA